AGCAAAGCCUUCUCUCGCCAACUCUCCCUCUGUGCGCGCUCCACAGUCGGUCUCCCUUUGCAGAUAGCUUCCGUUAGUAAGAAAUUCAAUAGAAGCCACCAAAUCCUACUGAGGCAUGUCGGGUAGGAAAGAAACUGUUCUGGACCUGGCAAAAUUUGUGGACAAAGGGGUUCAAGUCAAGCUUACUGGUGGCAGACAAGUGACAGGAACUCUAAAAGGUUAUGAUCAGUUACUUAACCUUGUCCUGGAUGAAGCGGUGGAAUUUCUAAGAGAUGCUGAUGACCCACUGAAAACCACUGAUCAGACCAGACGUCUUGGCUUAAUUGUUUGCAGGGGAACAGCUGUCAUGCUUGUAUCCCCAACCGAUGGUACAGAUGAGAUCGCAAACCCCUUUGUGCAGCCAGAUGGGGCCUAGAUGUGAGAUAUAUAAGUAGUUGUUUUUCUGUUUUGUGCUGAUUUAACCAUGUGCCCCUUUAAUUUGAACCAUUUGGUGGUCUGAUCAGCAUUUAGUUGUCUAUGUGUAAUUGGAUGUGUUUAGUUGAUGAAGCACACUAAAGGAUAGAUGGGUAGACAUUGCAUGAUCUUGUUCUAAUUGAUUGCCUUGAAUUCCCUGUGACAUUACCUUUUUAAUUGUCACUUGACUAUUUGACGCGGAAUAUUUGCUCACUGUGUUGAAACAUGGGAGAUUUUGGUUUUU